AUGGCGCUUACAAUGGACGAGGAGAAGUAAAUCGUUACUGUUUGUGUAAGAUGGCGCUACUGUGAAGUUAACUAACUUAACCACACUUUUUGUGCACAUAUACGCCACUUAUGAGUAUGAUAUCUCUCAAGUGGCUUGAUGCGCAUGUGUUAAGUGUUCAAUCAGCUGACUGUGACAGCAACCACGUACCUUAGAGCUUAGACAUUUUUUAAAAAAAUUUCUAAUUUUCUUUGACAGUCUAUUUUAAUGGAUAUUUAGAAAAAUUACCACUGGAAAUUGUUCCCUAUGAAUGUAUACAGCUUUCUGAUAAGUUUUUGUAAAUCUAUCUUCCUCUUGUAUUUAAAAUCGGUUUAGGUGUCAGUAGGAGUACUAUUGGUACAGGUAUGUUGAUUCGAACUGCGCAUGUGCAGUAAAUUUCCGAUAAUCUUAGAGAGUCCUUUAUUAGAAAGGCUUUCAAUCGGUGAUCCACUAGUGCUAUUCCCGGCAAUAGUAUUGCGCUGAAAGUUCGGAGGAAUCUUGAAGCAUCGAUUUCGAAACGUUGUAUGUAAGAAAAAUUUUCAAGUUUCUCACUUCACAACAGAAGCUUGUUUGAAAAUGCUUCGCACCGUUCUGUGCUUUUGCGCUUUCGCGGCGCUGAUUAAUGCCGAUAUCAUGAGGUAAGUGUAACAAUACUUUUCGUAAACAAAUAACAUGACUUUCCACAAUUGAUUGAAUUAUUAUACGUAUAUCAUUAUACGUUAUAUCAUUUGCGAUACAUGUACUGAGAAAAAUUUGUAAAUAUUCUACUAUACUUUAAACUUACACAUAUUUGAUCCUCCAUGAUACUUUUUCUUAAUUUUUCUUAAUUUAUAUAUAUUUAUACCGUUAAAAAUGAAUUAAUUUAAAUAUGCGUAGAUAUUUAAUUUAUGUUGGACAUUAAAUUUGUAAUUAUACGACAUUGUAAUGAUUAUUCUAAAAAAAAAUUUAAUUAAAUGACAUGUACGUUAUAUGUAGCGCCAACGACUUUGACAAAUUUAGUUUUGUACAAUCUAUUUCCUUUGUUCUGUCGAAUUUUAAUUUCCUUUAUUUUGUUUCUCAUGUUUUGAAUAUUUAAAAUUUAUAUUAAAAAUCUUAGAUCGUUAUACUUUAAUAACAAAAUUUUGAAAUAAAACUUUCAGAAUAAAAAAAAAAAAAAGAGAAAAAAUUGUUUUUCAAUAAAUUGCUAUGUACUUUUUAAAAAAAUCUUGCUGAGAUUACUAAAGAUCACUCCAUUAUAGAUAUAAUUGUUAACAUUGAUUUCAAAAAUAUUCCCUUCUUUGUUUGAAGAAUUCCUUUGCACAAGAUGGACAGCGUUAGAAAACAAUUCAAAGAAUACGAUACUGAAGUGUAUCAAGCUCAUAUGGUGCAAGGAGAUUCUCCUCAACCAGAACCUCUUUCCAAUUACCUGGAUGCUCAAUAUUAUGGUGUCAUUAGCAUUGGAACUCCGGCGCAAGAUUUCAAAGUAAUCUUUGAUACUGGUUCUUCAAAUUUGUGGAUUCCAUCUAAGAAAUGCCACCUUACCAACAUUGCUUGCAAACUGCACCAUAAAUAUGAUAGCACAAAAUCGUCUACGUACAAAAAGAAUGGUACCGAUUUCGCUAUCCGUUAUGGCUCUGGCAGUCUUUCUGGUUAUCUCUCGACUGAUGUUGUGGAAAUUGCUGGACUGAAAGUCGCGGAUCAGACCUUUGCCGAAGCUAUGAGCGAACCCGGAUUGGCUUUUGUCGCCGCUAAAUUCGACGGUAUCUUAGGUAUGGGUUAUUCUAGAAUCGCUGUCGAUGGUGUGACACCUGUUUUCUACAACAUGGUCAAACAAAGAUUGGUACCUCAACCCGUUUUCAGUUUCUACUUGAACAGGAUGCGAAGCUAUUGCUGAUACAGGCACCUCGCUUAUUGCUGGGCCGGUUAAAGAAGUUGAAGCCAUCAACAAUGCUAUUGGAGCUACCCCCAUUGCAGCUGGAGAAGCAAUGGUAGAUUGUAACUCCAUUCAUAACUUGCCUACGAUCAACUUCUUGCUUGGUGGCCAGUCUUUCCCUUUGACUGGUGAGGAUUAUGUUCUGAAGGUUACACAAUUCGGGAAGACCGUCUGUCUCAGUGGAUUCAUGGGAUUGGACGUUCCUCCACCAAAUGGCCCACUAUGGAUCUUGGGAGACGUUUUCAUCGGCCGGUAUUAUACUGAGUUCGAUAUGGGAAACAACCGCGUCGGUUUUGCCAAGGCAAAAUAAAUUAAAGAAAUAAGUCAACGGUUUUUAAAUUAUGCAUUCCUCAUUGGAAUCUAUUUUCGUAUAUGUUACGUUCAUACGUCUUCUGUAAUAUUUCUGAUAAUUUCUCUGCUUUUCACAUGUACAGUACGUACAUUAUCUGUACGAGAUAAAUGUAACAAAUGUAAAAUAAGUAUGAAUAUGUAAAAUAUGUAAAAUAAUUUCAUAUAACAAAAUGUACAAUACAUUACGAAGACGAAAGUAAUAAAUUUUUUUCAUGUUA